GUCUGUUUUUUAUUCUUGGCCGGCAUGGAGCGUUGACGCUUUAUGCCGCAAGAAAAGCCAACAACGCAUCGUAGAAGUUCGCUUUACCCCUCACGUGCUCCACCGCACCGCUGCUCCUCACUAAGUGUUGUCGCAAUCGUAGCCGUUUUUAGACGCGUCGCGACUCGCGCGUAUUCUGCGUCAGCGUCGCCGCUGGCAGCGACGUCAGCGUCAACGUCCGCUUCGCAUUGUCGCUGUCGAAUUUGAUUGUUGUUCUUUGCGGUGACUGUGCGUGUCAGUGUGUGUGUGUGUAGAAUACUGUGAGCAUCUGAGACGAUCGCAACUUGUGCGAGUGUUUAUCUAUUUAAUAAAGCUGACGCCGCCUUGGACUGUGACGUCACACACGCUUGGAAUUAAGAUUUCACUCCUAAGAAUUACCACACCUUACUUUAAGUUUUAACUCCCCCGCCUUUUACAAGCGUAGCGUAUUUAAUUGUGCAAUUAGCAAAAGAGCAACAAAAUGUGGGCGACGCUCGUGGCGAUCAUUGCCGCCAUUAGCGUAGUAGGAACAGUUGUUGCAGUGACAGAAACAACAACAACAACAGCAGGAACAACAGCGAAGACACCAACCAAUACAGCAUCAGUAAAUACAACAACCAGUUCAACUGUUCCUGCCAAAUACCCUUGCGCCUUCUCGGACACUGUGAACAUUACAGACUCGCAGCGUCUCCAGGAUGGCUCCUAUGCCCAUGAAGGCAUCGUGAUACCCGCUUACCUGGUUGCCAUCUACAAUUUCAAGGUGAUCGAUGGUGUCGAAUAUCGUGCCCCAAAACAUGUGCGUGGUUGCAUCUGCCUCAUCAAACCCUGCAUCACCUUCUGCUGUCCCUUGGGCGAGCAUUUCAAUGCCAAGAGUGGGAAUUGUACAGCUCCAUUGCAACCCAGACCACCGAGCACACUUGUCGAGUUAACCGACUCCUAUGGCAACAUCAGUCAUGUGAAGAUCAUCGAUCGAUUUGUGGUACGCACUCAGCUGGGAUGUCGCAACAAGUUUGUGGACAAGAAGCACGAUUCCUUCUGGCAAUGGAAUCUCUUUGAGAAUGGCACUUUGUUGAGGGAUGAUCGACUGUGGAGCACAGAUGAAUAUUGCUUCACUUCGUUGGAGCAUCAACCAGCUGCCUGGGAGUUAGUUCCCCUCAACUGUGAACGCUUUCAGCGAGGCUAUCGCGUUUGGAUCUAUGCCAUCUGCAGCAUUAUUGCUAUACUGAUCAACAUUUUUAUACUCUCUCUACUGGGUUGCAUUAAUACGGCAAGGAAAAGUCACUAUGGCCAGUUGAUUAUCUACUAUCUGCUCUCGGUGAUUGCGGGUUAUUCGCUUCUAGUCUACUUAACUUUAAAGAAUCCCGUGAAAUUAUCCCAUGAAGCGUGUCGCAAUAUUGGUUUCUUGGCUUACUUUUUCAUCAUGCUGUCCUUUGUCUACUUGGCCAUUUGCAGCUUUGAUUUCAUGCUCAAGUUCCGCAAGAAAUCCAUGCGCAAUUGGGUUCGCACUUUGAUCUACUUUCUAGCCAUAGUCUUCGUGAUUAUUCUACGGUUUGCAGUGUCCUUUGCACAGGACUCUAAUUUGCCAAAGCAUUUCAAACCCGGUAUUGGCGAGGACUAUUGCUGGUUCGAUGUGCGUCUCUGGGGCAUAUUGAUCUAUUAUUAUGUGCCCAUUUUACUGCUGCUGAUCUUCAGUCUUUACUGCUGUUUCCAGACGUACUCAGCGACCUUCGAGUUGGACCCUGACACACAAUAUCUUGAGGGAGUCCAACUGCGCAUCAUGAAGAUUCAUUUCUACGCCUUCACUGGUUAUUUGGUAGGCGUCUUUGCUGUUUGGUUGCGUGAGAUGAUCGUCUAUAUCUUGGCUCGAGUCAGGGAACAUUUCUUCAUCAUCGAUUUCUGGAGUGGCAUCUGCAUUCUGGUGCUGGCCAUAGCUGGAUUUAUACUGCUGCUGGGCAAGAAUAUGCACGUGAAAACUUGGUGGUCCAUCAAUGUCGAAUCCAGUCAGACCGACUUGAGCAUUAUAAAUGCGCGUGUUUACAAAUUCGACGAGAAGGGCGAUCUGAAGAAUCCAGAUUCGCCUUAUAGACCGACGGUGACAUCACUUUAAAAUGACACAUAAACAAACAACUGCCUCAAACUGAAUGAUUCAUGUCGUGUUUUGAAUCAUGCUCAAUGUUUGCAAUUAUCUUACGAUACGAUGUAUUCACAAUAUUAAGCAAUAUUUUAAGACUUGUUAUAUUACAUUACCUAAUCUAAUGAUUAAACAUACAGUUUCGUUCUCGAAAUUAUUCCUUAAGUUCCGUAUCCAUCAACAGAAUUCCAGCUACAGAGUAAAUAUAAACACAUUCAGACUUAACAAUGAAAUAUUCAAUAAAUGUCGAUGAAAUGAAUAUUAAAUCAAUUCAUAUAUCUCUAUAUAUAGUAGACAAUGAAUGCAGUCGCAAUUGCAAUUUGCAUUCUGCAUUUUGCAUGUUGUAUUCGAAAAUGCUGAACACAAAGCGCAGUUCACAAGCCAAAUAAAUACUUAAUUCAACUGAAAUGUUAAACACCAACCUUUUUGACCUCAACUCGAGCUAACCCUUUAUUAUUUUCAUUAACAACUCUAUUAAGCUCUUAGCUUUUGUAUAGAUAUUAAAGGGUAUGUACAAUUUUGGAAAGAAAGCAAUAUUUUUACCACAUAAAUACUGAACUUUAUUUUACUUAUU